AUAGCAGAGCCACUUCCGGUUGGCUUCUUUGGUUUUUGCUUUUCUUCCGGAGGAGGAAAAAACAGAAAAAGCGGAGGGAAAGAUCGGCGGAGAGCGGCAGGCGGCAGACCCGGCCCCACAGUACCGUACACGGAUUUAUUUUCAUGUCUUCAAUGUGAAUAGGAAGCACCCAUGAAGACAGAAGCAAUCAAUUUGUUUUCUGACAGUAAGGGAAUGGAUGGCUAUCGAAUCUGAAGACAGCCAUGCUAUUCAAUGACUGCCUUUGACUGCACUAAGGGACUCAGCAUUGCCCACCAGUUUGGCAGCUUUAACACAAACGCUCUAGACUUCUGUCGUUGAGCUGUGACCCUCCUGCUGCUAUGGAAUCUAGUCGGGCAAGCAGAGAACGAGAGAAGGAGAAAGCUGAAGAACCUCGACGGUCGAGUAAACAGUCUGGACGGAGUCCGUAUGGCACUCGCCCUGGCUCUAACCAGUCGUCAGGGGUUCUUAUGGUUGGACCAAAUUUUAGGGUUGGCAAGAAGAUUGGAUGUGGCAAUUUUGGAGAACUUCGAUUAGGUAAAAAUCUCUACACGAAUGAGUAUGUAGCAAUCAAACUGGAACCUAUUAAGUCCCGAGCGCCACAGCUUCAUUUAGAAUACAGGUUUUACAAACAACUCGGCAGCACAGCUGAAGGAAUUCCUCAGGUUUAUUACUUUGGACCAUGUAGUAAAUAUAAUGCUAUGGUACUGGAGCUGCUCGGACCAAGUCUGGAGGACCUCUUUGACAUAUGUGACCGAGCGUUUACACUGAAGACUGUGCUAAUGAUUGCCAUUCAGCUGCUUAACCGAAUGGAGUAUGUCCACUCAAAGAGCUUAAUCUACAGAGAUGUCAAGCCAGAAAACUUUCUAAUUGGAAGGCAAGGCAAUAAAAAGGAUCACAUAAUCCACAUAAUAGACUUUGGUUUAGCCAAGGAGUAUAUUGAUCCGGAUACCAAAAAGCACAUCCCCUACCGGGAGCACAAGAGCUUAACGGGCACGGCAAGAUACAUGUCCAUCAACACUCACCUGGGCAAAGAGCAAAGCCGCAGGGAUGACUUGGAGGCUCUAGGACACAUGUUUCUGUAUUUUCUACGAGGCAGCCUCCCCUGGCAGGGUCUAAAGGCAGAUACGUUGAAAGAACGCUAUCAGAAAAUUGGCGACACAAAGCGAAACACUCCCAUUGAAGUUCUCUGUGAGAACUUUCCAGAGGAGAUGGCAACGUACCUCCGCUACGUGAGGAGAUUAGACUUCUUUGAGAAACCAGACUACCAGUAUUUACGUACACUAUUCACGGACCUUUUUGAAAGCAAGGGCUAUGCAUUUGAUUACGCAUACGACUGGGUUGGCAGGCAAAUACCCACACCGGUCGGAUCCAGUCACACAGAGCAUGGAAUGAGCAGAGAAAGCCACGCACACCGGGAGAAAGCUACACUGCAGCAGCCACUUCGAAACCAGACAGGAGCCGCUGAUCGCAGAGGAGCAUGGGAAAUUCAGCCUAAUCGGCAGCAAAAUCCUUCCUACCUGACCUCACAGCUGGCGUCUGACAGACACGGGGGCUCUGUCCAGGUGGUUAGCUCAACCAAUGGCGAGCUUAACAUCGAUGAUCCAACAGUGGCACAUUCCAGUGCACCAAUUGCAACUCAGCCAGAGGUGGAACCUUCAGAAGAUACCAAGUGCUGCUGUUUUUUCAAGAGGAAAAGGAAGAAGAGUACAAAUAGACAUAAAUGACUGCAGCUCUCCAGGGACUACGAGGCUCUGCUUGCAUGUUCAGCUCCCUUCAUUUCAGACGAAAAUGCCACCUGACUGGUUGAGAGGCUUCAGACUGAUCUUUGUUCUGUUUUGUUUUUGCCUGUGCCUACGUGUCCUCCGACUGGGAAAGGAAUCCUCCUCCUUUCAACACUCAGGCUCAAUUGCACUUCUUCAAUGGGAUCGACUUCCCGCCCGCCCCGCCAGAAGCGGCCUGGAGCCCAGUUCCGGGCUUUCUUUUCCCAGUUUCCGUCGCCAUGGAGAGGUGAGGGGAAGGAGAGAACCCCAGGAGAUCUGUCCCACCACAAACUGAGAGGCAAGAGACUUUAGUGGGUACAAGUGUACUCUGCACAGAGACUCCCACCUGGAGCAAGAAAAGAUAGCCAAAGUGACAAUGGCAGCACAGGUGGAAAAGGGUGCAUUUGUUGCAAAAAAAAAUGGUUGUUCUAUUUUGUGAUGUAGCAUACAAGCUGUGAGAAAUUUACAAUCUGUUUUUUUUUUCUCGCCAAGCCUUCAUCCCAUGCCCUUCCCUUCCACCCAACUAUUAAGACUUUUCUUGACCUUGUUUGGAUCUUUCCAGAUGCCGCCAGAUGUGUUUUGUGCAUGCCGUCUGAAAUCAAUUUUAAGAGAAGAGGUAGGCUCUUUUGCUUUAAGGUGCACUUAACGUAGGAGCGGGUGUGUGUGCGCGCGCGUGUCGUUGGUUUGUAUGCGCGUGCUUUGUCAUUGAUAUCAAAGAUCAAACCCACCGCAGAUAGUGUACACACGCUGUCUGCCGCAGUCACUUCCAAACCAGUACUGCCACUUUUAAAUGUGUUUUUAGUUGAAAUAUUGAUAUUUAUAUCCAAAGAGCUGUGUUUCUAUGGAAACAAUACAAAGUGGAACAGCAUUAAUUCCCGUGAGAUUUUUAUUUAUUUUCAAAUGGGAUGUCUACAAAUGUCACGAGCCUUCAACGAGCAUCAGAUUGUAAGGACUGCUGCAAAUCCGUUGCCAAAAUGAAUGAACAGCUCAUUACUUAUGUUUUAGGUAGUUUCACUGGAUUUAAACGACAAGUAGGUAUUAGCACUGCAGGGUAGGUGUUCUCUCAAGGAACACACCCUUCUCGCCUCAGCCAGGUAGACUUUAAACUCUUCCAUGUCCCUCUCCCUCUUUGUGGUAAAUGUACAAUUGGUCUUAAUCUUUCUAGGGUCCUGUAGAGUAGCUUUCUUUUGAUAACAUUGCAGGGAUCUUCCUGAAACAAAUGAACUUAUUGAGAUAAUGGGAGCAGACUUUUCCAGUGAUUUGACAGGGAAUGAGAGUGUGGGUGGGGUUGGGGUGGGGGGCGGGGGUUGUUAAACAGAGGAUUUACCCUCUGGUCUAUUCUGAAAUUCGAUUCUUAAGCAUAACUCCGUACCUGCUGGCCAGAGACUGCGGGGGAUUUUUUUGCUUAAGGCAGCUGUAUCCUCAGGAAGCCGCAAAGUGCCUGUGGCUUUACUCACCACCCUUGUAUUGCCAUGCCACAAAGUUGGCCAAGCAUUGAGUUCUAAAGGUGUGCAUGUGGAAACUGACCAUUUGCCAGAAGCAGUCCUCUCACUUUCCAGGGGGUUUAAACUAAAGUUCAUUUGAUGCCUAACACUGAUACAGAUUGAGCAUUGUGACAUUGCCAUAACAUGGAGCCAAUCGGUGGGCCUUGGGACAGUUUCUGAGAUUAACCAUGCCACAACAGGGGGGCUUGGGCUGUGUACAAUUCCGUAGUUUCCGUAGUGAUGUGAAUUCAACCAAAGUACUUCCAAAAUGCAGUGAGCUUAUCGAAAUAAAGUUUGGAUAGUUGUGCCCAUUAGUAUGUGAUUCUUUGGAGUGCAAAAUGUUGUAAUUAUUAGCUGCAAUGUCGUUAAGCUCUUGUUUCUCCCUCUGCGGUUGAAAUGAUGCAGUAUCACUUUGGACUUUGAGGGCCAACACACUUCAGAAAUCCAAAUGAGCAUGCCGAGGUAUCAAAUGACCCUAAAGACCGACCUGUAGGUGGGACAUUUGUAGUUACAAUUCUGUAUACGUGACUUGUCAGGAUAAGUAUGUGUUGGCCUGGGACAAAAGCAGGCUUUGCACCCAUAAUUCAAAUUCUUGAAUGACAGAGAAGUCUUCUCCACCCAGAAGUAUCUGGUACAUGUCCUCAGGCUGCUUAACACUUCAACCUCCUGUUCCAUGUAGGGCGCAACAAGAGCCAAACAUUCCACAGUGUAGGAAGUAAAGGUUGGUGUUGGUCACCUUAUGUUAUCGUAUGCACUCUUGAAUAUGUCCUGGAGUUUAGAGUUAGUAGACAGAAGCACAGAGCUGUGCUCAGGGUCAGGGGUGACGCAAUCUUACGUAACAUUCUCAAGAGGGGUAGAACUAUUUGAUUGUCCUUUAUUGGACUCAUCAUGCAAAAAUGUUAACACUUAUCUAUUGAAUAUUCUUCUGUUUUUAACACGGAAAAGGCUGCUACUUUUAAUUACCAGAUUGUGCAGCAACACUGUUUUAAUUGAUUGUUAGAAAGUAAUUAUUUCAAUUGACCAUUUUUUUUUGUGUGGGUGGUGGGGGAAGGAAAUACAGCUUUUUAGAAACCAGAUUUACAAUGUUCCAAAAGAAGGCGUUCAUGAAAAUGGUCUGUUUUUUCUGGCCAGUAGCACAUACACUUUAGAGACUUUCCCCAUUUGUGAAACCUCCACAAGUUGGAGAGUCAAUAAAAAAACAAACUGGUCUGGUCAAUAGUUUGCACUGCAUAGUACUCCAAGCUGUUCUGGUAUAGACAGUGGCCAUCAUCCAACCUUUUACAGUAUCUAGGGAUUCUACCAGGCUGUCAAAUUAGCUUGUUAUGCAGUUAUAUCCAUACCCAUUCUGCUUACCUAAUGGGAACAAACUACUUGUUAAUUCAGAAUUGUGUAACUUGAAUUUUGUUAGAGCAAAUUUUAUUUGAAUAAAAUUGUCUCCUGUUCAGUUUUAUUUAUAUUGCUUAAUUCAAACCAUUGUUCGUACAACUUUCUUUUCAACCCUUAAUGCAACGUUGAGGCAAGAUGAGUAGACCAUAUUUCAGUAUGAAUGUUCUGGCCAGCUUGCUGCACUUCUUUUAGUCAAUUUGUGCUGUAUAACUGGAGAAGUAGGAAAAAUGCUAAGUCGGGAAAUAAUGAUAAAUACAACCCUCAACAGCAGGAAAGAAAAAUAAACAUUGAAUUUGGAAAGGUGAUGCAAGUUUGUAUACACAUUCCAGUCAGCUCUGGAGGGUGAUCAAAGUCUGGGAUCUCAAAACCACUCAGUCUUAACAGCUUGAUUCUUCAUGGUCGCUGUUAUCUCUCUGGAUGUGAUGUCCUAAACUAGUGGAGAUAUUUUGUGUCCUGUUAGAGAUGAGCUGUGGAUUGGCCUCCUGGAAGUUCUCUAACCACUUUUUUUUAACUUUAGCCGGAUUGCAAGGCAACUUAAUGAUUUCCCCUGCAAUACAGAGAGAUGAAUAAUCUAUACUGCCCAGGAGCCAGCACUGCAUGAGUCAAAAAGAACAGUGAUUGUAAUGGUCAUUACCAGCACCUAAUUUUUACUAUUUGUAAUUAGUUAAAAAAAAACUUUCCUUUGAUCUUCCUAUUGUUUCCAAUUUUUACUUUUGUUGAAAACAUUUAUCUGCUUUAUAUGUUAUCUUUGCAUCUCAAAAAGGGUGAUGUUCUCUUUUAAAACGUUCACACUUUCCCAGGAGUUUCUGUUUGUUCAUGAUUUACAUGGUACAAUGGAGAUGAAUGCUGACUAACAUUCAAAAAUAGAUAUCCUCUCUUUUUGACUUCCAGGCUCAUGAUGUUUCCUGGUGAUUUCCACAUUUACAAAAGUAAAUAGGGUUAAAAUUGAUGCCUGCUGAAACAACGUAUAAAACUACCUUUUGAAAAUAUAGAUUGCUAAAUUCUUUCAAAGCUUUUGAGUUUCUGGAAAUGAAAAAUGUCGUGAAAUGUAUGGUUCUGAUGGAAGCACUGGCAAUUGUCUCUUGAAGGGACAGAUCAAAACAGUUGCACCAAGCAGCAUUGGUGUCCAUCUGAUAAUUCUCUCUGUGUGUUAAGUGAUUUUUGUGUUUGUGGACACUAAUGGCAAUGGGAUUCACAAUGGGAAAGGCAUGGGCUAUCAGUUUUAAUUUGGUAAUUGUCCAUGGUUUAAUAAAGACCCACCAGAUGUAUUUGAAAUGUGCUUACUUGGAAAGGUGUUGUAAGGACACGUACUUGAAUAUAGUAGUACAACAUUAAGCUUUAUCAGUGCAGCACAGUGGUGGUGGUAGUGGCAUCAGCACCAGACUUAAAGGCAAAUGGUCCUGAGUUCAAAUCGAGCCAGCUCCUUGCACACUUUGCAUCCAUGCUGGAUGGCAAAUGCUACAAAAACAGGAAAAGUGCUGCCCGUUGCGCCAUACAAGAAGCAACAACAAUGGAAUGCAACCUUUAAAAUCAGAAAGAAGCUGAGUCUACUGCAAGCUGCAGUUGUUAGGUGCAAUAUUUAGAUUUCUCAGCCCUUAUCUUCCUUCCUUCACCAUCCUUACAACAUUCCUCCCCCCCUCCUCAGUGGUUGCUUAUUCAGGACUAGACUUGGUUGCUUAGAUGGGAAAGCAGUUAUUCAACAAAAGUAGUGCACCUAGAUUAACUAUUGAUAGGACUCCCUUUAUCUUUGGUUGUAUUCUGGGUAGAGUGAGUAAAAGUUGUGUUUUAAUACUCUUUGGUGUUGUGAUGCAGCUCAGGAUCACUACCUGAGUACAAACAAAAUUCAUAAAGUUCAAAGCUAAUAAUUGCAAAGAAAAACUGGUAUUUAUUUUUAGGUUUGCAUUCUUUUGUAAUUACGUUGCCCCCUCUGCUGUUUGUUCUGUAUUUACACAAUGAGAUAAUGAGAGUUUGCCUACAGUGAAGUGUGUGAAAUGCAGCCAUGAAAGUUUUUUAAAUUCAUGGUUUACUGGAUUUUGUUCUGUGUCUCUCUGUCUCUCCUAUCCUCUUUUCUGCCUUUAGUAUUUUUUCCACUGGCCUGACAAACCUGCUAUGAAACUCGAGUGUUAUGAUAAAGAUUCCACUUUCUAAGUUGUGUCUACACAAAAACGAUAAGUAAUAGCCCUCUAUCUCUCAGCCUCUGGUGACCGUUAUCAUUCACGCACUUCUUUUUGAAGGAUCUCACAACGGCAAGUUGACACUUUGGAGAUUUUCCCCUAAAUUCUGCAUUACUUGCUCUCUUAUAACCAAACAGAUUAGCGGUACACCCACCCCAGUACAAUUCUCAAUAACAUUCAAUUCCUUUUUCUUGGGAUUCGUUUGGGAAUUUAGUGAGUCAUCAGUAACUGUUGGCAGUGGCAGUGAACGUGCAAAAAUAUCCUGCUUUAUUAAUGCAAAUCAGGAAUAUAUUAAAUUGCUUCAACGCCUGCAAAAAUACUAAUAAAAUUUUAUGUUCUAUUAAGCGCACAUUGACAUCCUACACUCUAAAGGAAGCAAUGUUAAAGACUUACCUGCUCACUGCACAAUUUUUGCACCUGGUGUCAGUUAUGAGGCUUCUUUUUUGAGCACAGCAAGGACCAGAUGAAUAAAUUGUCCCCCUUACCUUCAGGAUGGGAAGCUUCAAAGCUGCUGUGCUGUGCAACAUGUUGAUUUCCUGCACAAGCUGUUGCCUGGAGAUGACUCUAAGAAAGAUAACCAAUUGGUACUCGCACCAAUUUAGCACAUUCUACUUCAAGGAGAUGCCAGUGAAGAUCUGAAAUGGCCUUUAAACUCAGCCAGGUCACUCAGAAGCAUUGGUUUGGGCUGAUUUCAAGCCACACUCCACCGGGUGAAAGAGCGGGAAGAGUGAUCUCUGCAAAAGUAAAUUGGGUCAAUGCACCAAAACUUCCUUGCCUCAUCUUAGGAAGAUCAGCUAGAGGUCCCUUAGUAGUAGUCCCUUAGUCUAGCCCCAGAAAAGUAUUGUGUCCUACCAUAAAUGCUGUCUUGACAUUAAACCACUAUUAAACUACGAAAUAAAUAAGGUUCUUAUCAGCCGUACUUCGGCCUGACAUUAGUUGUAGUAUCUGCAAUGUCCACCUUAACACAAUACCACAGAUCCAGUGGUUGAUCUUACACUACAAGUUCUUUACAGAAGCAAAUUACUGCAUUUAGGAGCUGUGUGUUGCUACCUGGACAAAUAAAAAUGAAUUUGGUUAUUCCAGAAGUUUGGGAAACCAGACAACUUAGUGCUGGGCCUCCUCCAGCCCAUUGCGGCUGCAUCUCUUGUCUGCUGAGCCUGUUGUCCAUGUGACGAUGCAGUGAUUGGAACAGUUAUUUACAGUACUGCUACAGCCAAUGUGUUGGUACUGAGGAGUAGGACUUGGACCAGUUUUACACCAAAACAAAAACCAAAGUGUUCAGAAAAUGUUUCAGUGAAGGUUGCAGGAAACAAACUACAUCUCCCAAUUAAAACAGUGAUAAUUCUGAGGAUGCAAUGAUUGGAUGACAGUUGCAUUUAAAUUAUGUGCAUAAACGGUGUCAGCAGAAUAGGCAUCACUCCUGAUUGAUAGGGAAAUUAGCCAAUCAUAUCCACUCUGCCUUGCUGUAGGGUAGUCGUUAUAUUCAGCCUAGUUGUACUGGGCUUCAGAGUUUGCAAUAUGUUGCUAUGCAGCUGAUUGCACAUUUCCCCAGGGUCUAAUACCAGCCGAGGAGACAAUUAACAGGAUAGGGUUUGAAAUUUCAAAACAAUACUUUUUUAAAAAAAAAAUCAACUUCCUAAAUAGUGGGUGGUGUGUUUGCCAGGCCAAGCUCAUAUGCCUCCAUGUCUUCAAGCAGGAGUGUUUGACUUGAGGUUCCACUUGCAACUAGUGCUUUGUACUGGGCCGAAUUCAUACCUUUGGGCUCAUUAUGAGAAGAUAGUACAUCUUUUAAUUCCUGCUGGCUCCUCCUACCUGAGUGAGGGCCAUGUUCAACACUUGCCAGAAAAAUACAUUGAUAAACUGGUUAUUUCAGUCAAUGGCUGUGAAUGUGUAAAAUAUUUUACUUCUGUGUGGAUCUACAUUGGUUUAUAAAACAGGUCCCUAGGAUUUGUAUCGAAGUGACACACUAGGGCUGCAGGAGAGAUCAGAAACCGGUUUCAAACCCCUGCAGGGUAAGAGCUGAUUGCUGGGAAGUGUUUUUACAUUCUGCCUACAGAAAUGUCCUAAAAAUACAAUUAUAUAUGUUUUAAGAAUCCUGGCCCUUCCCAACGGCAGCAUGUUAUUUGCAUGUCAGUAGUAGCUAACCCCAAGCUCAGGAACGCUAGCCUGCAGUAUCAUCGUGCCAAAUACUUUCACAGGCAUAGUUAAAUAAGUCAGGAGAUGGAAAAGCAGAGGAAAUUUCUCAAAGUUGAUCCUGCAGAAACAUUAAGGAACUUUGCAACCACCCUUUCUUCCCCACCUCCUAAGUGUGUAAUUAAAGGAUAAAUCUCUGCUGAAUUGCAGCAUAAUUAUAAUUAUUAGUCAUCUGUGUACUAAUACUUAUCACCAUUGGAGCAAAAAACAAUCGGCUGGAGGAACUCGGGGGUCAAGCAUCACCUGUGGGAGGAGAGGAAUUGUCAGUGUUUGGACUGCAGUCCAGUCCUGCUGCAGAGUUUUGACCUGAAACACUGGCUGUUCCUGUCCUCCCACCGAGCUCCUUCAGCACACUGUUGCUCCAGAUUUCAGCGUCUGCAGUCUCUCAUGACUUUGUCAUGUAUUGCAAUGACUUGUCUUAAUAUCCUUUACUUGGAGCAAGCGUCUUGAGGAUCUAUUUCUGAUGCCCUAACCUGAGAGCCCCCUCCCAAACCUCCUGGAGGUCUGUCAUGAGGCAUUUAAAAGGUCCCCUAAUUUACUGAAGUUAUGAAGCUGUGGUAAUGAAGACAUUCAAGCUAACCCUGUUUGGGUUUGUUGUACAAACCACAUUUUCAAAUGCAUUCUGGAUUUCUAAAAUAUUUGCAUCCUUAAGUUCCCUAGAACCUCCAGAAUUAAGUCACAAGCAUAAUGUGCUGAAUGAAUUUGCUGUGCUAAUUGUGGGUUGGCUGGCUUUACUUCAAGCCCCUUUAAUCUUUGGCACUGUAGGAGCGAGAGAGGAGGUGGUGACACCACCAGGAUAGCAGCUAUCCAGGAUGUCUUCAGUUCCAGCACCUUGCCCAGCCUACUUGCCUUCAGUGAAUAAUGAAUACCGUAGUCAGGUAACGUAGUAUCCACAGCAGAGGGUUAGAGUUCACAAACCUGAUGUUUCCUUUUGUAUUGUUAGCUAAGCAAUUAUCCCAAAAGAAUGUCAUGCUCUCCUCUUUUAUUUAAGAAGGAAGCAAGGCUGAUGGGAACUGUGAUAAAAGUGGAAAAUCUGAAAUAAAAGUAAAAACUAAAACACAUUCAAAUCAGCUCUUGUACCGGAAAUCCUUGACUAUCAAGAGCAUGUUCUGUUUGAAGCUGGGAGUGGGAGUGCUCUUGCUUUGUGAUAUUUAACUCCUGUCAGUGCUCUGUCAUGCCAAUUGAAAAUCUAGUUGUCUCUACCACUCCAACCCAAUAGCAGAGCUGAAAAUGCUGGAAGGGGUUGUCAGUUCAGACAGAUAACUGGGGAGAGGAGAAGAGGGUGAGCAGGGGUUGUAUCAGUCCAACUGAGCUGCCUGUGUGCUUCUCUCUUGGAUGAAGCAUUUGAUGAUUAUUUGUUUAAAUUUCAGAAUUCCAGCAGCUGCAGUAUUUUGUGAUAAGUCUGCUGAAUGACCUUCACCACGACUUGACUUCCUGCAUGUCUGGCAUGGCCAGCACUCCUGCUUGUGGAGCCACGGUCAGUGUUUGAAGAGUAUCUUUGGAAUGAACCUCACAGAACACCUUAGCUAAACCUACUUUGCAUCCAUUUCUAGGUUUCAGCCAAGGGGAGGACUGCAUGUGUUUCUGGUUGCAAUGUUUCUUUCUCUGAGGCUCAUGUGUGGGAGUGUACAUUAUUUCAUCAGGUAUAGAAUAUUUAUUUUCCUGAUUUCAGUAUGUCAAAGGGGAGGACUGCAUGUGUUUCUGGUUGCAAUGUUUCUUUCUCCGAGGCUCAUGUGCGGGAGUGUACAUUAUUUCAUCAGGUAUAGAAUAUUUAUUUUCCUGAUCUCAGUAUGUCAAUCUGCACUGUCUUUGGUACUGUGAUGUAAAGUGGUGCCUGAGACCCGGCCAGGCUUGACUGUGCCAGUUUCUCCUUGCGUUUCUUGCCUCUACCCCUUUCAAUUUGGAUAGGACCUUCUGUAUGUUUGGAAGUAGAAACUGCAGGGUUGCACAGUCUUAUCAUUGUACUGUAGAAAUGUUCUACUGUAAAAUUCCAAUUAAAACUGACAUUAUUUCUACAGCACUUGAUUUU